AUGGAAAAUGUCGCAACCAUUCGAGUUUUAUGCGGUUUUGAUGACAAUGAUAGUAUAGAAGGCGGUGUCAUGAACCGUAAAUGGAAACCUCUUGGGCGAACCAACGGCGCCCACAAUUAUGGUCUCAUUAAGUUUGUUCAAUGUUCAACAUUAAAGCUUCCUAGAAGUUUCCCUGCGGCCGAAUCACAAAAAGAGAAGCAAUCUUUGGAAUUUCGUGAUCCACUGAGUAAAGUACAGAUGAGUCAUGAUGAGACAGAAUUUCCUGACAGUACCGAUUCAUCUGGCAGUACUGAUGAGUUCAUUCAAAAUCUUGAGGAUGAACUUGAUGAUGAUGGUUCAGACAACUCAUCGUCAGAUGAAGAAGCCGAAAGCGAAGAUUCCAGAAUUAAAAGACUUAAGUCUGAUAGCACCAGUGAAACUGAGACGUCUACUUCAGCAGGAACCGCGGAACAAAAAUUAGGUAACUUUAUCGUUGUGGUUGUUUCUUUCAUUUUCUUUGCUAGGAACGAGAUUCAAUCCCGCAUCAGAUGUAUGCAUGCACCCUGGAUCAUUUGGAGGCAUUUGUAUACAUUGUGGGCAAAAGGUGGAUGGGGAAUCUGGUGUGUCAUUUGGGGACUAAAACUUGAUGAUAAGGAAAUUUCUAGAGUGCGCGGCAUAGACGUGAAGAAUUUAUUAAAUCGUAGAAAGCUUUGUUUGGUUCUAGACCUAGAUCACACACUGCUAAAUACCACUUCCCUUCAUCGUUUGAGCCCAGAAGAAAUGCAUUUAAAAACUCAUACAGAUUCUCUAGAAGAUAUCUCUAAAGGUAGCCUCUUCAUGUUGGCGCAUAUGCAAGUAAUGACCAAGUUGAGGCCCUUUGUCCGCACAUUUCUUAAACAAGCAAGUGAAAUGUUUGAAAUGUACAUCUACACCAUGGGUGAUCGGCAAUAUUCAUUAGAGAUGGCUAGGCUGCUUGAUCCUCAAGAGGAAUACUUCAAAGAUAAGGUAAUUUCUCGAGAGGAUGGGACUCAAAAGAAUGUGAAGGAUCUGGAUCUUGUGUUGGGGACAGAAAAUUCUAUCUUAAUUCUUGAUGAUAAAGAAGAGGUAUGGCCAAAGUACAGAGAUAAUCUGAUAUUGAUGGAGAGAUACCACUUUUUCAAUUCAAGUUGUCAGGACUUUGGCCUCCAACGCAAAUCACUUGUUGCAUUGCAUAUUGAUGAGAAUGAAACUGAUGGUGCGCUUGCCAAAAUACUCGAAGUGCUAAGACAGAUCAACUACAAAUUCUUCGAUGAACUUCAAGGAGAUCUUGUUGAUCGAGAUGUGAGGCAGGUUUUGUCAUCAUUUCAAGGUGAAGUCUUAAGAGGAUGUGUGAUCAUUUUCAGCCUUAAUUUUCGUGGUGACUUGCGGAAACUCAGGAGGAUAGCAGAGCGGUUAGGAGCUACUUGUUUGAAAAAACAUGACCCCACUGUGACACAUGUAGUUGCUACUGAUUUUGUAACUAAAGAGUCCCGCUGGGCCGUGAAAGAAAAGAAGUUUUUGGUUAAUCGUCGAUGGCUAGAGGCUGCAAAUUUCUUUUUGCAAAAGCAGCCUGAGGAGAACUUUCUUUGUCAAAAUACACUAGUUUCUGGUAAUUAGUUAAAGCGUGAUGUUACAAAGAUUUUGUAUUUGUGAAGAUCGAUGUGGAAGGAACUGAGUUUCAUUUGAUACGUAGGUCUCACUGAUUGGAUUUUCUUACUUCACUCAGGAAUAUUGGAGUUUAGGAUUUACUCAGUAUAGAGAAAGCCAUUAUUUGUGACAUUUUGUUGUUCUCAAAAG